AUGGCCGUUCGACAUGAUGCUAGAAGCCAGCGCGACUUCCUGGACCACCGCGAGUACCACAUAGUCUGGUUUGCGCCGCUCGCCAUCGAGGCCGCAGCAGCUCUGGUCGUGCUCGACGAAAGGCACCAUGGCCAGUUCCGGACUCCCCCGGGCGUCAACAGUGUGUACAAAGCCGGCAGCAUCGCAGGCCACAACGUCGCCAUUGCCACCUUUGCUGCUGGCCAAGAGUACGGCACGAACUCGGCUGCUACCAUCGCAAAAGAAAUCGAGAUCGUCUUCCCCAACGUCCGUUUCGUUCUUCUUGUCGGAGUCGCAGCUGGCUUGCCGACGCCUGACCGCGACAUUCGGCUUGGAGACGUUCUGGUGGCGGUGAGCCAAGGUGAUGCACCGGCCGUGGUCGACUACCAACUUGGCAAGGAGACAGCAGAGGCAGGCUUCGUACCCCUUCGGCAAGGGUACCUGUUGAAUCCCAUUCCAAGGCUUCUGGGGGCGGCCAUCAAUAGCCUACGGCUUGAGGCGAAUGAAGGUUUGGAUCUGGUUAUGCAGAAUUUCCAGAAUGACUUUUCCAUCCACCGGAACUUCUCUCACCCGGGCCAAGACCAAGAUGUUCUUACAACCAAGAUAGAGGACGGCUCGCAAAUACAGCUGGACCGACCGCGGCGCCUCGAGACAGAGCAGACGAGGUUAUGGUACGGCACGAUAGGGUCAGGCAACAAGCUCCUCAAGAACUCGACAAUCAGAGACCAGCUGCGGGACAAGUUUGGCUUGAUUGGCCUGGAAAUGGAGGUUGCUGGCAUGAUGAAUAUCCUCCCAACAGGCGUCAUCAGAGGUGUUUGCGACUACGGCGACGAGCAGAAAAACAAAGCUUGGCAACCAUAUGCCGCCGCCGUGGCGGCUUCGUACGCCAAAGCGCUUCUAGCAUCGCUCCCAUCCACGGCAUAUGCCGCUUCCAGAUCACGGCGACCCCGCAGUGCGCUCGAAACUGUGGGCACUUUGGGACAAGAAGAUGUCGACGGCAUCAGACUUGUGGGAAGAGCACCGGCCCGACUCUGA